AUGAGCAAAGACGCCCCAGCAAUCCUGUUAACUUCUCGCAUUCGCCUUCGCCGGUUCGAACCAGACGACGCCAACUUGCUCUGUACACUCAACGGCGAUGAAGGAGUAAUGAAAUAUAUUGAUCAUAGCCCGCCGUCUCGGGAGAAAGUGGAAACAGAGGUGCAACGAAUCAUCCAAGGCUAUAAUACCAGUACCAGAUUUGGCAGAUGGAUAGCUGAAACUACUACCAUGAAUGGGAUGGAAUUCAUUGGCUGGUUUGGCCUUGAUAUGCAGAAACGGGCCACACAUUCUAGUGAUGAGAAUGGCGUGGCUGAGAGCUCUGGGGAUAGAACCGUGGAAGAGAUGCCGUUACACCAAGAGGACGUACGGCUAAUGGUCGGAUAUAGGCUACGUCGCAGGUUCUGGGGCCAGGGGUUAGCAACUGAAGGGACUCGGGCACUUAUAAACUAUGCCUUUGGGUCGCCAGAUGUAACGCUGAUAGAGGCUGAGACCAUGUUUGUCAACCUUGGAUCCCGCCGUGUUAUGGAGAAAUGUGGCAUGAAAUACGUGAAAACAUUUCAUGUGCAUUUUGACGAUCCUCUUCCUGGAACCGAGCUCGGUGAGGUUUUGUAUGCUAUUAGUAGAAAGAAAUGGUUGGGUCUUUAUAGUGGUGAGAAGUCGAUUCCACCUGGCGGACAGGCUGAAAAGUUCAGAGAGCCUUGA